CGCCAACCAGCCAGCAGCCAGCAGCCUUAAGCAGCACCAUGUCCAACGUCGUCGUGCUUGGAUCCGGCAUCGUCGGCCUCUACACCACCUACUGCCUCGUCACCGAGGCAGGCGUCCCCCCUGCAAGCAUCACCGUCAUCGGAAAACACCUUCCAGGCGACCAGUCGAUCAACUACACGUCGCCGUGGGCCGGCGGGAACUUCUCCUGCAUCACGCCAAACGACCCGGAGACCCUUUCCUGGGACAAAUACACCUACACACACCUCCAGGAGCUGCAGAAGAAGCUCGGCGGCGCUGCGUGCGGCCUCGACAAGAGACCCAGCACGGAGAUCUGGGACGAAAACCCCAACGACAAGAAGAUCGCCGCCCUCAGCCAGUACAUCGAGGACUUCCGCAUCAUCCCCGCAGCAGAGCUUCCGGCCGGCGCCAAGUUCGGCGUCUCCCUCACGACGUGGAACUUCAACUGCCCAUUCUUCCUCGCCAACUUCAAGACUUACCUCGAGAAGCUGGGCGUCACCUUCGUGAGAAAAGAGCUCACCUACGUCAGCCAGGCCUACCUCCCGGGCACGCACACCGUCUUCAACUGUACCGGUCUCGGAGCCUUCUCCCUCGACGGCGUCAAGGACUCCAAGGUCUACCCGACCAGGGGCCAGGUCGUCGUCGUCAAGGCCCCACACGUCCAGGAAAACUGUGUCCGUUGGGGUCCGACCUACGCUACCUACAUCAUCCCAAGACCGCACUCCAACGGUGAGCUUGUCCUCGGCGGGUUCCUUCAGAAGGGGAACUGGACCGGCGACACUUUCGAGCUCGAGACCGCAGACAUCAUCCGCAGAACAACAGCCUUGCUCCCUAAAAUCCUCGACAAGCCUCUGGACGUCAUCCGUGUUGUUGCCGGCCUGAGACCAAGCAGACAGGGUGGCCCAAGGAUCGAGGUUGAACACGUCGAAGACCACCUCCUCGUCCACAACUACGGCGCUGGCGGCUACGGCUACCAGGCAGGCUUCGGCAUGGCCCACAAAGCCGUCGCCCUAUACUCUAAGGCCCGCAGAGAUGUCGCCAAGCUCUGAUCUUGUGUAUCCUCUGUAAUUUUGUAAAGUUGACUAAACGCAGACCACCUAGUGAAAUAAACCCUAACUCUCCUCUUAUCGUCCCCGGAGUGCUUCUCCGUCUCCGAGGUGCCCGCAUAUACC